AUGAUUAAAUAUAUAAUAACCAGUAAUAUAAAUAAUACAUUAAAACAGUUGUUACCUCAGUUGCCACAAUUAACGUAUAUCAAUUCUACAGAACCAACAUUAUUAUUGAACAUCCCAGGACUUGAUCAUCACGCAGUAAACUAUGAAUACUUGACCAAUUUACAGCAAAUACUCGAUUGCAUUCAGAAUAAAAAUGAAGUGAUUGUCAUUGAGAAUCUACUGAAGUAUAACCUUGAUGAAUAUUUACUAGUUGAAUUGUUUAAAAAAUUGAGUGAUCUAGAGUAUUGUUAUUUAGUUGACAAUAGGAAAAUCGGGUUUAUUGAGUUAAUGACAGAUGAUGUGAUUUUUGUGUGA